AUGCUUGCAGAGAAGGAGAAUAUCUCGCAAGAAGAGGUAGUUGUAGAAGAUGUAGUGGAAGAAGAGGAAGAGCCAGUGGAGGAAGUACCGCCUCCCAAGGCAAACACUGUGAUACCUGCACCCCCAGUCGAAGUUAAAAUUCCAUUCCCACAGCGUGUGCAGAAGAAGAAGCUAGAUGAUCAGUUCUCUAGAUUUCUUGACAUUUUCAGAAAGGUACACAUCAUCAUUCCGUUGGUAGAGGCAUUGCAGCAAAUGUCUAGCUACGCCAAAUUUCUGAAAGAUGUUAUCUCCAAGAAGAGGAGAUGGGUGGAGCACGAGACCGUCAACUUGACGGAGAGCUGUAGUGCCAUUAUCCAAAAGAAAUUGCCCGCUAAGAUGAAAGAUCCUAGAAGCUUCACUAUAUCGUGCAUAGUGGGGGAUAGCCAAGUGGGCAAGGCACUGUGUGACUUGGGAGCGAGCAUUAAUCUUAUGACGUUCUCGUUCUUUCAAAAGCUGAAGAUUGGGACACUGAGGCCCACCACCAUCACACUCCAGAUGGCCGACCGAUCUGUGUCGUAUCCGAGGGGGAUUGUUGAAGAUAUACUCGUCACAAUCAAUGACUUCAUCUUCCCUAUGUACUUUGUGGUGCUUGAUAUGGAGGAAGACCGGAAUGUUCCUCUUAUACUGGGAAGACCUUUCCUAGCUACAGGGAAGGCAAUGAUCGAUGUGCAGAAGGGAGAGCUCACACUCCGACUUAAUGAUGAAAGCGUCACAUUCUCCAUCUAUAAUGCAAUGCAGAGGCACGAUGAUGAAGAUGCAUGGAGAGUGGAGCACUGCAACAUGGUUGAAGUAGUCGAUGACUGUGCUCUUAAUUCAACGGAGGAGGUCCCUAGGUUUCGACAGAAAUUCUUACCGUUGAGGGAUCCGAAUGAAGAGGAGAAGAAGGAGGAAAAGAAAGAGGAGUUGAAGCCGUUGCCGUCACACCUUAAGUAUGCAUUUCUCGGGGAGAAUGCUACUUACCCGGUAAUUGUAUCAUCUUCACUCACGACUAAUGAACUUGAUAAAUUGCUUAGAGUGCUUAGGAAGCAUAGGGGUGCAAUUGGGUGGUCUAUCUCAGACCUUAAGGGGAUAAGUCCUACGGAGGAUGUCAUUUGGCCUUUGCAAUGCCCCAACCACCUUUCAAAGGUGUAUGAUAGAUAUGAAGAGACACACUUGGUGCUCAACUGGCAGAAGUGUCAUUUUAUGGUGAGAGAUGGCAUUGUGCUUGGGCACAAAAUAUCUGCAGGAGGACUUGAGGUGGACAGGGCCAAGAUAGUGGCGAUUGAGAAAUUUCUACCACCAUCCAAUGAGAAGGCUAUGAGGAGUUUCCUUGGUCACGCCGGGUUUUACAGGCGGUUUAUUAAGGAUUUCUCUAGAAUUGCUAGGCCUUUAUGCCAUUUACUCGCUAAGGAUGUUAAAUUUGAUUUUUCCCCUGAAUGUUUGCAGGCAUUCGAGACUUUGAAGAAGACGCUUGUGAGUGCACCCGUGCUUACCUCACCGGAUUGGUCACAGCCGUUCGAGAUCAUGUGUGACGCAAGUGAUGUGGUCGUGGGAUCUGCUUUAGGACAAGAGACAAGAUUUUCAGGGUGA